UCCACUUGCUCCAGAGCUGCGCGCUCCACGAUGGCUCCGGGCCGGGCAGUGGCCGGGCUGCUGCUGCUGGCGGCCACCAGCCUGGGACGCCCCUCGGAGGGGCCGCAGCUAGCCUUCAGUGAGGAUGUGCUGAGCGUGUUCGGCGCCAACCGGAGCCUGUCGGCCGCGCAGCUGGGGCGCCUGCUGGAACGUCUGGGGGCUGCAUCCCAGCAGGGAGCUCUGGACCUGGGCCAGCUGCACUUCAACCAGUGUUUGUCAGCAGAAGACAUCUUUUCACUUCAUGGUUUCUCAAACGUCACGCAGAUAACCAGCUCGAACUUCUCUACCAUCUGCCCCGCGAUCUUACAGCAGCUGAACUUCCAUCCCUGCGAGGAUCUGCAGAAGCACAACGCAAAGCCCAGUCUUUCCGAAGUCUGGGGCUAUGGAUUCCUGUCAGUGACAAUUAUCAAUCUGGCAUCUCUCCUGGGAUUGAUUUUAACUCCCUUGAUAAAGAAGUCUUAUUUCCCCAAGAUUUUAACUUAUUUUGUGGGGCUGGCUAUUGGGACUCUUUUCUCAAAUGCCAUUUUCCAGCUUAUUCCAGAGGCAUUUGGAUUUAAUCCCAAAAUUGACAAUUAUGUUGAGAAGGCAGUUGCUGUGUUUGGUGGAUUUUACAUGCUUUUCUUUGUUGAAAGAACACUUAAGAUGCUACUGAAAACAUACGGCCAGAAUGACCACACUCACUUCAGGAAUGAUGACUUCGGUCCUAAAGAAAAAACUCAUCAACCCAAAACAUUACCUUUACCUGCAGUCAACGGAGUGACAUGCUAUGCCAACCCUGCUGUCACCGAGCCUAACGGGCACAUCCACUUUGACACUGUCAGCGUUGUAUCCCUCCAGGAUGGAAAAGCAGAGUCAAGUUCAUGUACCUGUUUGAAGGGGCCUAAACUGUCAGAAAUAGGAACAAUUGCCUGGAUGAUCACGCUCUGUGAUGCUCUCCACAAUUUCAUCGAUGGCUUGGCGAUUGGGGCAUCUUGUACUUUGUCUCUUCUUCAGGGACUCAGUACGUCCAUAGCCAUCCUGUGUGAGGAGUUUCCUCAUGAAUUAGGGGACUUUGUGAUCUUGCUCAAUGCAGGGAUGAGCACUCGGCAAGCCUUGCUGUUCAACUUCCUCUCCGCAUGUUCCUGCUACGUUGGGUUAGCUUUUGGCAUUUUGGUGGGCAACAAUUUUGCUCCAAAUAUUAUAUUUGCACUCGCUGGAGGCAUGUUCCUCUACAUUUCUCUGGCAGAUAUGUUUCCAGAGAUGAACGACAUGCUGAGAGAAAAAGUCACUGGAAGACAAACGGAUUUCACCUUCUUCAUGAUCCAGAACGCAGGGAUGUUAACCGGGUUCACUGCCAUCCUGCUCAUCACCUUGUACGCAGGGGACAUCGAAUUGCAGUAGCCGGAAGUGGAGUAGGUCAACGUGGGAAGGAAUUUAAUAAACAACAACACAGAAACAUCUCCAUAGGGAUUUUUUAAAAAAGUGUAUCCUAUUUAGUUAAACGAGAUUUUUUUUUUUAUUUUCAACUAGAGGCUAAGGAAUAUAAUGACUGGUUUCAGAUAUGUAGAAUAGGUGAAAUUUGUUGUUAAAAAAUUUCCUUAAAAGGUUUUCGGUUUCAGUCUGAAGUGGCUGGUGUAUGGGGCCUUUGGUAAAUACCUGUUUUUCAAUAUUCUAUGCAUAUUAGAAAAUUAUCAUGAACCAAACACAUGCAUUCACAAGCAGACGUACAGAUCCAGAGAAAAAACACAAUCUGGGUUGUGUAAGGCUUUAGAACUUGGUUGGGUAAAAAAAAAACCUUAAGUGUUUUCAGAGUGGUUUUCUUCCAAUUAAUGUGUUCGACUGCUUUUAAAGGCCGGUGCAUCAAAUGUGGAAGAAAAUCAAAACAGCUCCAGUGCAUGCAGGAAUGAUCCCAGUGCCUUAAUGAAGCCUAGAAAGAUUGUGCACAGUGUUUGCUCAGCUUUAUGUCCCAGUUGGCGACCUGUAGGAUUGUUUUGAAAGCUAUUCUAAAGUAAUAUGAAUUAGGAAAAGACGAAAGUCUUGCUAGCCCAGUGAAGCUUGGGCUCAGGGCUUGGUCCCUGAGUUAUAAGCUUGAACACACUCUACAGAAGACCAGAAUUGCUUUGCUAUGAUUUAUGUUGUGGUUUCAGCCAACAGAAAUGGCCGAGCAGCAUAGAAGACUGGUCAGAACUCAGUCUUGCCAUACUCUGGGAUUGCUUUGUAAUGGUGGAGAAGAUGUUGGGUGGGAGAGAGAAAUUGAAUAUAAUUUUGAUCAGUUUACUUUUUAAAGAUGAGCAUAAUUAUUUAGCAGGGAGAAUUUCAAUAAAUGCAAAAUAACAGCUGGGCUGGGCUGUGUCAGCGACUGAUGGUGGAGGAAGCAUGUGUUCAUUAGGGGUGAUUGACAGUUGGCCGAAACAUCUUCUCUUAUGUGCAGCCUGCUUUGUGCCCAUAUGCUAUACCUUUGGAUGGAAAACCUCAGCAUACUGUGCUUAUUUUUUUACCUUUUGUAAAACACAAAGCUCACAGAGUUUUUGAGCAGGUUGUAGACAAUCAGUCCAAAUUGAACAUCCUCAUCUCAAUUCACACUCCCAAGUAGCUUAAAAAAAAGAUGAUUUGACAGUGAUGAGAGUUAUUAAUAGCAGCCAAGCUAUCUCAGGAAUUAUGUCUUUCCUAUAAGCCAAAACACAUUUUCAUGUAAUAACAAUGCAAAUUUGAUAAACUUUAACAUAUAUGUUUAUGUGUAUUCUCACUCUACGACUGACAUUUAAAAAAUAUUAUUUGACCAAACAGUAAACGAUUUUGAAACCAUGCACUGUGUCAGUUAUUUUUCUCUUAAUAUGUCGUUAUUUUGAGUGACUACCAUGUGCCUGGAGUUAUGGGGAGAGAGGCAAGUAGGAAAUUGACGUUGUAUUGCUUAUUUUAAAAAUAUCUGACAAACAAAUCCCACAAAGAUUUCUUUUUCAUUUCAAUAAACACAAUCUAUAUUAGUACAA